AUGGCGGCACACGGCGCUGCGAGGCCCAGGCACUCCGUGGAUUCCUGCGAGCGCUCCGCUUUUUCUUGGGAGAAGCUGAGGGUGAAUGAAGAGGACAGGAUGGAGAUGUGCAAGGUCCUGGCAACUCGCGGCUGGUGUGUGCUGGAGCUGCCAGAUUCGCUGAAGCGCCUUUGCGCAGAGAUGCAGGACUUGGCCCAAGAGUUCUUCCGACGUCCCCGCAAUGAGCGCUGUGCCCUUGGCCGAUUGCGCCUCUACCGGGACAAGGUGGUGGGGUACCGUGAGCUGGCAGGGGGGUCCGCGCGCUUCUUGGAGGUGCAUGCGCGUGCUGCGGGGCGUGGUGGCCUUCCUGCACCCAAGGUUCCCGCAGCUUUGGGCCGCAGAGCAGCCGAGCUGCACCAGGCUCUGCAGGCCUUGGCGAGGUCUUUGAUCGCGUGGAUGGCGGAGUUUCUGGAAAUUCCCCCCGAGGCGCUGCUCCAGAGCCUCGACGAGGCCUCGCUCUCCAACUUAGAGGACGGCGACUGCAGCGCCUCGGUGUUGCGUCUCUGCAGCUACGGCUUCCAGGCCGAAGCCGAAGAAGUCGAGGCCAAAUCUGAGGGCUCGGAGGCGGUCGCGGCGGAGCUGGAAUCAGUUGUCUUCGAUGAGCACACGGAUGCCUCCUUCCUGACCCUCGCGCCCGUGGGCUCUCUUCCCGGGUUGCAGUUCCGAGAUCUUGAAAGCCCUGGACUGCCCUGGUUGGAUGUGGAGUCAGGGCUGUCGCAGGGUCACUUGGUCGCAUUCGUCGGCGACUUCCUGGAGGUUAUGACAAGGGGUGCAUACGUGGCUUGCAGACACCGGGUCUGCUGUGAGGCCGACUCGGGAAAACAACGAUUUAGCAUGCCAUUCCUGGUCUGCUACUUAGUGUCAGCACCCGCUGUUGCCAGUGAUCUCAUGUCUUUCGCACUUGCAUCUGCGAUGUUCAUGACAUAG